GGACUCAUCAGGACUGACUGAGACCUCAUCAUUCACGAGGCCCGAAUUCUCCGGUCCUCCUCCCGGUCCCGAGAGACAUGAAGACUGCGCGGAUCGUGCGAGGCUCACCGGCGCUGCUGCGGCUGCUGCUGCCGCUGCUGCUGUCCGGGACCGUGCGCAUUGACGGCUACCGGCCCGUCAUCAUCGUGCACGGCAUCUUUGAUGGACCCAAACAGUUCAAGACGUUGUCUCUUUACAUAACCAAGACGCAUCCGGGGACGGAGGUGUCGGUGAUUGACUUGUAUGACAACCUGGCCAGUCUGAGGCCAUUAUGGAGGCAGGUCCAAGACUUCAGCCAAGCCUUCGACUCCAUCGUGCGAAAAGCUCCUGAAGGCGUCCAUCUGCUGUGCUUCUCACAAGGUGGUCUAAUUUGUCGGGCCCUUCUCUCCGUGGCUUCACACCACAACGUGCACACCUUCGUCUCUCUGUCGGCGCCACAGGCCGGCCAGUAUGGAGACACAGACUACCUGAAGUGGCUAUUUCCUGACUACGUAAAGAGGACGUUGUUUCGUAUUUGCUACAGCAGCAUGGGACAGAAACUGUCUUUCUGCGACUACUGGAACGACCCUCACCAUAGGUACCGCUACCUGCAGAGCAACACCUUUCUGCCGAUGCUUAACGGCGAGAGGCCUCACAUCAACAUGAAAGCAUGGAGGGAAAACUUCCUGCGCAUCAAGAAGCUUGUGCUGAUUGGAGGACCAGACGAUGGCGUCAUCACGCCGUGGCAGUCCAGCCACUUUGGAUUCUAUGACGUCAACGAGAAUAUCGUAGAAAUGAGGAACCAGGAGUUCUACAAGAGCGACACGUUUGGGCUGAAGGCGCUGGAGGCUCGUGGCGACGUGGAGCUGUGCGUUCACUCUGGAGUGAAGCACGUGCAGUGGCACUCGAACCACACCGUGUUCACGAGCUGCAUAGAGAAGUGGCUGACAUGAAAACACCAGUGGGAGGGAUGCUAAUGCAACUGAAACAGUUGUAUUUGAUUUGUUUUACUUUUAUACAAGACGGCAACCAUACAAACCAAAAUCAUAUUACAAAUAGCAACAUUAUGGUUUCUUUUCCUUCACAAGCUUCGUCCCUCUUUGAAGGUUUGACAGAUAUAUCAGACAAGGUUAAGACGUCCAUAUUAUCAUAUUGAAGAUUUCCUUGUUGGAUUAUCAUUGAUUAUUUAAAGAGUUGUUUUCACCAAUGUUUAAAUAUUGGGAGUGCAGAUAUAUUUCACCGCAUUAAAUUAUUACUUUCUCCAAGAAAUGUGCCAAAUUAUGAAGCCUUGAAAGAUUCCUAAAAUACAGAGUUACAGGGUCCAUUUGUCCAAUAAGAAUUUGUUAGGAAUUCAGAUGUAACAAUGUAGCUAAGGAAAAGUUGGUGCAAAUGUUUUUAUGUUCAGACUUUGAAUUUUAAACCGCUUUUAAUUUGUUCUUCUUCUUCUGAACCAAAACAAAGGCUUCCAUAUUGGACCAAAGCUCUGGCCUGUUUAGUCCUCUCCAGUCUCCUCAGGUGGUCGUAACAAGGCAAAGCCAUGCAGCAGAGUGGGAUACAUGAGCACUGAUCUGCCCUCUGGUGGAAGCUGACGGUUCUCUGGA